AUUUAUUGUAGCUGAGGCAAGCCAGCAGCACUCUGAGAAUACAUUUGUUCCAGAUUAUACAGAGUACAUUGUUAAAUUCCAGGUUAGCUUUGGUCAUCUGACUUUCACAUGGAAAACAUUUGACACAUGAACCUGAACAUGUCUGACAUUUUUUAUUCCCUAGUGGAGAGACAGCCAGCAGGAAAAGAUAUUGUGUUCUUGUUGGAUGGAUCUGAUGGUACUAGAACUGGCUUCCCAGCUGUGAAAGACUUUGUCCAAAGAGUUGUAGAGACACUCAGUGUGGAUGACAACAAAGACCGUGUCUCAGUGGUUCAGUACAGCAAAGAGCCAGCUGCCCAAUUCUAUCUGAACACGUACACCACAAAAGGCGACAUCCUUGACACUGUCAGAGGAUUGAGGCACAAAGGUGGAAGACCCCUCAACACUGGAGCAGCUCUCCAGUACUUGAGGGAUAAUGUCUUCACGGCCUCUGCUGGAAGCAGGCUCCAGGAAGGAGUCCCACAGGUCCUAGUUUUGAUAAGUGGUGGAAGGUCUUUUGACAGUGUUGAUGCACCAGCCUCUGCUCUCAAAGAGCUGGGUGUCUUGACCUUUGCAAUUGGAACCAGGAGUGCUGAUAGCAAAGAACUGCAGAAGAUAUCCCACGACCCCAGCUAUGCACUAACUGUGUCUGAAUUCACUGACCUUCCCAAUGUCCAACAACAACUUCAGUCCUCCGUGGAGGCUGUGGUUAUCGAGGUCUCCCCAGAAUCACCACCUGUUCCUGUCGAUACUGCCAAAAAGGAUAUCGUUUUCCUCCUGGAUGGUUCUGAUGGCACACGGAAUGGCUUCCCUGCCAUGCUUGAUUUUGUUAAGAGAGUGGUGGAGAAAUUGAAUGUAGGACCUAACAAUGACCGUGUCUCUGUGGUCCAAUACAGCAGAGAUGCAGAGAUCCAUUUCUAUCUGAACACAUACACCACAAGACAGGAUAUUUUGGAUACAGUCAGAGGGCUGAGACAUAGAGGAGGCAGACCCCUCAACACCGGGGCGGCCCUCCAAUACGUCAGGGACAACGCCUUUACAAACUCCUCCGGGAGCAGGCGCCUGCAAGGUGUUCCACAAAUGUUGAUCCUGCUAAAUGGUGGAAGGUCUUUUGACAAUGUAGAUACCCCAGCCUCUGCUCUCAAACAGCAGGGUGUCUAUGUGAUAGGCAUUGGCACAAGGAACUCUGACACUAGGGAGCUGCAGAAGAUAUCAUAUGACCCUAGUUCUGCUCUAUCAGUGUCUGAUUUCACUGACCUCCCCAGUGCCCAGGAACAGCUCUCCUCUGUAAUGAACACAGUGCUAACCAGGGCCACGCCCAUCACACCAACAAAAGCUGGUAAGAAAGUGACAGAUUUUUAUUUUCCAAGGUCAUGGUAGGAUGCAAAUUGAACAGUAUGACAGUGUAUUUAUUGUAGCUGAGGCAAGCCAGCAGCACUCUGAGAAUACAUUUGUUCCAGAUUAUACAGAGUACAUUGUUAAAUUCCAGGUUAGCUUUGGUCAUCUGACUUUCACAUGGAAAACAUUUGACACAUGAACCUGAACAUGUCUGACAUUUUUUAUUCCCUAGUGGAGAGACAGCCAGCAGGAAAAGAUAUUGUGUUCUUGUUGGAUGGAUCUGAUGGUACUAGAACUGGCUUCCCAGCUGUGAAAGACUUUGUCCAAAGAGUUGUAGAGACACUCAGUGUGGAUGACAACAAAGACCGUGUCUCAGUGGUUCAGUACAGCAAAGAGCCAGCUGCCCAAUUCUAUCUGAACACGUACACCACAAAAGGCGACAUCCUUGACACUGUCAGAGGAUUGAGGCACAAAGGUGGAAGACCCCUCAACACUGGAGCAGCUCUCCAGUACUUGAGGGAUAAUGUCUUCACGGCCUCUGCUGGAAGCAGGCUCCAGGAAGGAGUCCCACAGGUCCUAGUUUUGAUAAGUGGUGGAAGGUCUUUUGACAGUGUUGAUGCACCAGCCUCUGCUCUCAAAGAGCUGGGUGUCUUGACCUUUGCAAUUGGAACCAGGAGUGCUGAUAGCAAAGAACUGCAGAAGAUAUCCCACGACCCCAGCUAUGCACUAACUGUGUCUGAAUUCACUGACCUUCCCAAUGUCCAACAACAACUUCAGUCCUCCGUGGAGGCUGUGGUUAUCGAGGUCUCCCCAGAAUCACCACCUGUUCCUGGUAUGUUAACAAGCAUGGCCCCUUACAGGCCUGAUAGAUACAUGAUUUGUUUGACCUACACUGAGGCAAGGAAAAUAAGUGUGAAAUUUGUGUAGCCGCAUUUCAAA